GGGAUCGGAUGUGAAAGAUUCUUAACUUGAGACUCGGGCCUGUGUCUGUCUUUAUAUUAUCUCUCUCCCCUCUGCUCGAAGUCGAAGAUUUCAGCUUAAGCAAGAGAGAGAGGGAGAGAGAUUGAAGUAGGUUUUCCAGAAAUGGGAUUCACAUCGUUCGCAGGCAGAGUUCUAUUCGCUUCCAUUUUCAUCCUCUCCGCCUGGCAAGAGUUCAAUGAAUUUGGGGUUGAUGGUGGGCCUGCAGCGAAGGCCUUCAGACCCAAAUAUAAUCGUUUCACGAACCAUGUGACAUCUCAUUUAGGUGUGCAGGUGCCGCCAAUUGAGAUUAAACAAUUAGUCGCUGCUUCUAUAGCUAUGAAAGGGAUUGGAGGUAUACUGUUUAUCUUCGGCAGCACCUUUGGAGCCUAUCUCCUGAUUCUGCAGUUGGCAUUUGCUACUCCCAUUCUCUAUGACUUCUACAACUAUGACAUUGAGAAGCCAGAAUUUCUGCAACUUUUCCUCAAGUUCACACAGAGUUUGGCGCUCUUUGGUGCAUUGCUCUUUUUCCUUGGGAUGAAGAACUCCAUUCCGAAGAGGUCCAAGAAGAAGGUUCCCAAAUCAAAGAUGAACUAAGAUCUAAGGGAUAGCUGAGCGUCGAUGCACCGUGGCUGCCUUGUUCUCUCCCCGCUCCUUUUGUUCACGUGUAUCGGAUUAAAUUUUUUUUUUAGUGGGGGUAUGUUGUCGCCAAUCAUUCCCUCCUUUUGAGAUGAAUUAUUACGGUUUUCUAGUCAUUUUACUUUAGUUGUAAAACUUAGUCCUGCUUGGCUUUUUUUGUUUCCCUUCAACUUAAAUUCUAGGCAGUAGUUUGAUUUGGUACAAGAAUUUAUAUUGAAAAAUGGGGCUUCCUUUCUGUUUUUAUGC